GGCGGCGGUGGCGGUGGCGGCGGCGGCGGUGGCGGCGGCGUAGAGGAAGAAGGCGGCGGCUCUCCCGCGGCCAGCGAGCAGCCCGGCCCGUCACGCGAACUCGCGGCGGCUCCGCGGCCCGGUGCGACGCCAGCCCCGGGCCCGUCCACCGCCGCCAUGGCCCGGCCGCUGGUGCCCAGCUCGCAGAAGGCGCUGCUUCUGGAACUCAAGGGGUUGCAGGAGGAGCCGGUGGAGGGCUUCCGAGUGACGCUGGUGGAUGAGGGAGACCUGUACAACUGGGAGGUGGCCAUCUUCGGGCCCCCCAACACCUACUACGAGGGCGGCUAUUUCAAGGCUCGUCUGAAGUUUCCCAUUGACUACCCAUACUCUCCACCUGCCUUCCGGUUCCUGACCAAGAUGUGGCACCCGAACAUCUAUGAGACAGGGGAUGUGUGUAUCUCCAUCCUCCACCCCCCAGUCGACGACCCCCAGAGUGGGGAGCUGCCCUCCGAGAGGUGGAACCCCACACAGAAUGUCAGGACCAUCCUCUUGAGUGUGAUCUCGCUGCUUAAUGAGCCCAACACCUUCUCGCCGGCCAAUGUGGACGCCUCAGUGAUGUACAGGAAGUGGAAAGAGAGCAAAGGGAAGGACCGGGAAUACACGGACAUCAUCCGGAAGCAGGUCCUGGGGACCAAGGUGGAUGCAGAGCGCGACGGGGUGAAGGUGCCCACCACGCUGGCCGAGUACUGCGUGAAGACCAAGGCACCAGCCCCCGACGAGGGCUCCGAUCUGUUCUAUGACGACUACUACGAGGAUGGCGAGGUGGAGGAGGAGGCCGACAGCUGCUUUGGGGAUGACGAGGAUGACUCCAGCAACGAGGAGUCCUGACGCCGUGGCCCCCGCCCAAAUAAACUUACAAAAUUUUACCUCACUAGGACGGACCCGUGUGGCUCUCAGACCACAGACUACCUCACGGGGGCGUGGGGGCGCGUCCCCUCCCCGGGUGGUGGCCGUUAGGUUUUCUCCUCCCUCCCGUGUCUGUUCCUGGGUUUUCCUCGGCGUCUGAGAAGAGCAGUGCCCGCCGCCCUCACUCGGGCUCCCAGGCCAAGGACGGGGCGGGCGGGCCCAGCCUGGAUCCAGAGACUCUGCCCAGCCCAGGAGUGGACAGAUCACCCGUGGCCACCUCUUCUCUGCUUUGGUUUGUUUGAAAUUAAAUAAAACUGCUUUAUGAGGA